GCUACAGCAGGUGUACGAGAGGGCGCCGGACGGGAGCAAGGUCUUGCUGGUGCCACAUCGCCAUCAGAUAUCCAAGGUUCCGAUAAUCCCUACGCCAUCAGAAGUAUUGAAGGCAGAUGCACGGCGCUUUCCACUCGCGCCCCCGACUCACAAGCCGAAUUUGGACAAGACAUUCCUACGCCAACUGCGUGCCAUUAUCCGCAUCGCUUUCCGUUCAUGGCACUCAAAAGAGUCUCUUAUCCUCUUUAUGCACUCGUCCUUCCUUGUCUUGCGGACAGUACUUAGUGUCGGUGUGGCAAAGCUCGACGGAAGACUGGUGCGCGAUAUUGUCAGUGCGGAUGGGACGAGCUUCCUGAAGGGCCUUGGGUUGUGGUUUAUCCUCGCUGUUCCGAGCACGUAUACAAACACCAUGAUUCAUCACCUCCAAGCAAAGCUGUCCCUCCGCCUACGCACGAAACUGACACGUUACACCCAUGACCUGUACUUAUCUUCCGCGCCCGACCUCCGUUACUACCGAGUUGGACAAGAAGGAGGUCUUGAUGGAGUAGACCAAUACAUAACGUCCGACAUAUCCGCGUUUUGUGACGCGUUCUCUCAAGUCUACGGAAACGUCUUGAAGCCAUCACUUGACCUGUUCUUCUUCACUUCACAGCUGUCGCGCACGUUAGGCGUGCGUGGUACGCUGCUGCUCUUCCUCAACUACUACGCCACCGUCAAGAUUCUCCGCGCGGUUACACCAGCAUUUGGCCGAUUGGCUGCGGUAGAAGCAAGACUGGAGGGAGAGUAUCGUGCCGGGAUGGGCAGAGUUGGACGUGAGAGCGAGGAGGUCGCGUUCUACAAUGGUGGGCCCAGAGAACGAGAAAUUCUCUGGCGUGCGUAUCGACGUCUCGUCAAGCAUAUCAAUUCUAUCUACAAGAUCCGCAUAGCUUACGAGUGGACGGAGGACUACGUGAUCAAGUACCUUUGGAGUGCUGCUGGAUACGCCCUGAUAGCAGUCCCUGUCUUGCUAACAAGACGAAGAAACGUCGCUAUACAGACCGGCAGCGCAUCAGGCGAACGCAGCAUUGACGACCAAGUUGCCAACCGCACAGAGACGUACAUCUCUUCACGGCGACUAUUGCUUUCGUUGGCCGACGCAGGUGGUCGCCUCAUGUACGCAUAUAAGGACCUGCUCGAGCUUGCGGGCCUCACCACGCGCCUGUACACCCUUCUCUCGACCUUGCACUCCCUCAAGCCCCUGCCGACUCCCGCAGACGAGGGCGACGUCGUUGCACUAUCAGAAGUCGACGUCAGCGUCCCAGCGAACUCUGUGACGGGCGUCCCACUUGUCCUCGUCCGCAAGCUGUCGCUGUCGCUACGCGCGGGCGAGCAUCUGAUGAUCACGGGGAGCAACGGCGUCGGAAAGACUGCUGUCGCGAGAGUUAUCGCGGGGCUGUGGACUGCCCAGGGUGGAGGUGAGGUCAGGCGGCCUUCGGGGAAGAAGGGCGUGCUCGUCGUCCCGCAGCGGUCCUACAUGGUCGCAGGCACGUUGCUCGACCAGAUCAUCUAUCCUGACUCCUACCCCGAGUUUCUCGAAUCUGGGCGGACACACGAAGAGCUCAUGGAGAUCCUUGCGGCUGUCAACCUUGCGUACCUCCCUGGUCGCGAAGGCGGCUGGAGCACCCGCAAGGAGUGGCGGGACGUCUUGAGUGGUGGAGAGAAGCAGCGGAUGGGGAUGGCUCGUGUCUUCUACCACGGGCCAAAAUUUGCUGUACUUGAUGAAUGUACAAGUGCCGUGUCGAGCGACGUCGAAGGCCGGAUGUACGAGCACGCCAAGUCGCUAGGCAUUACUCUCAUCACCAUCUCCCUUCGACCCUCGCUGAUGAAGUACCACAUGCAGCUUCUCACCAUCAACGGUGACUCACAGGGCUCGUGGACACUCGCCCGCGUCGGCACCGCCGAGGAGCGCAUGGGCAUCGAUCGGGAGAUUGUGGCGCUCGAAGAGAGGCUUGCGGAGGUCGCGGGCUGGGAGCGCAGGGUGAAGGAGCUUGCGAAGGCGCUUUCUGUGCAGGAGCAGUGAUAAAGCGCAAUGAUAACGACAGGAUAUAUUUGCUUGUACUAUCCAAAGUGCUAAUAAUAACAGCAGUGUAUUCGUGCACUCAGAU